UUAGAGGUUGAAGCUGAAUUAAAACAGCCCGGUUGUCCGUGGAAGUAGAUUUGAGAUGAAAACACAGACGAUAAUAUAUCGGUAGUUAGUAUUCUAAGUUACACUCUGUUGUAAUGCGUCUGAGUUAUUAAUAAUGGCCGUAGCUGAACUCUACUUGUAUUCGCAGAAAGUGCGUUUAGGGCUCACAUUCGAGGACGUUGGCUGUGUCGGCCCCGAUCACAUUCGGACAUUUACAGUGAGAGCCGUCCUGGGUGGUAAGCUGUAUCCUGAAGGUGUGGGGAAGAACAAGAAGGAAGCCAAACUGAAAGCAGCUGAAAAUGCCCUGAGUGUCCUGACUGAGGAAAUAAUUAACCAUGCAGAACCGACAACGGAAGCUUCUGCUGCACCGGCUGAUCAGACAAGUUUAACUCAACCCAAGUACAUGUCUUGGCUCAAUGAAUACAGCCAACAGAAAAGAUGUGAAAUCAGGCCUGUGGAGUCAAUGAAACUGGGACAAACCGGUGCUACUCAAUGCUGUAUGUUCGUGGUUGAUGGUAAGGAGUAUCCAGUGGCCACUGGGAGAACAAAGAAGGACGCUAAGGAGGAAGCAGCCAAGCUUGUACAUCACGAGAUAUGUGGCAGUAAUACUACAGAGACUGUAGAGAAGAAAUUCAGUGGCACAUCAAGUCAACAAAAAGAAGAAUUGAAUCGAAAUGUGUCAGACAUCUGCGAUCAGAUGAAGAGCUUGAGUGUGAUCCCUAAAGACAGCAAGUUGUCUCAAGGUGAAAAAUCUAAAAGAGUGCCGAUGGCUUCAAGUGACUCUGCGUUUUUCACCAAUUCAUCAAAUCAGGAUCAGAUUAAAAGUCCUGACGUGAAGCCCAAAAUAAGAAUUGCAGCACAUUUCGCAAAUGCCUUCAGACACAGCAAAGAGGAUGAAAUGCCCAAUUUCAGCGGCAAGAAUCCAGGAAGUAGUCCAAGUAAGAAAAUAACAACCCCGUCAAGGUUUACAACUGAAUAUGACUCCAUGGAGAGCCUCGGCAAAGGAGCCUUUGGAAAGGUUUUUAGGGCAAAACAAAAACUACUAAAUAAGUAUUAUGCUGUAAAGAUUGUCCGUUGCAAAGAGAGAGGGAUCAAAAAAGCUCUACGAGAGGUGACAGCCUUAUCAGACCUCCAUCACUGCAAUAUUGUUCGAUACUACACAUGUUGGUUGGAGGACUCGGGGUACCAAUGGGACAGUGCAGAUGACAGUUCCAGCAGUUCACAGUCGACUGACAAUACAUCUGUAAAGUACCUGCAUAUUCAGAUGGAGCUGUGUGACACCAAAACACUCAGAGUGUGGAUAGACGAGAAGAAUAUUCAGAAUGUGAAGAAAUCUCUGCGAGACUCCAAGAGAAGAGAUGAAAGUCUAAUUAUUGCUCAGCAAAUAGUCGGUGCAGUCGAGUACAUUCACUCGAACAUGCUCAUCCACCGAGACCUGAAGCCUGCCAACAUCCUGUUUGGGCAACAUGGGGAAGUGAAGAUCGGAGACUUUGGUCUGGUCACUGUGGAAAAUAACGCCGAUGCUGAGAACCUCUUGGAGAGAACGGUGUACAAAGGAACCCCAAGUUACAUGGCGCCAGAGCAAAGGAGCAAGAGCAGGACCACUUACGAUCAAAAAGUGGACAUAUUUGCUUUGGGGUUGGUAUACUUUGAACUCCUUUGGAACAUGUUUACUGGCCCGGAAAAAAAAAAGAUUUGGGAUGACGCCAGAAACCAGAAAUUCCCUGAGGGAUUUCCACAAAAUUUCCCCCUGGAGAUCCAAAUCAUUAAGUCAAUGCUGUGUCAAACGCCAGAAGACCGACCCGAAGCAAGUCGACUAACGACGGAACUGGAAACGUGCUCUCAAACACUUACAAUGCUUAAAGAUGAACGACGCACCAGUAGGACUUUCUGAGUCUGACAAGGAAAUAAUGAAACAACAGGUAAAGCCAUCAGUCAUCACAAGUGUGACUAUUAAUUCAGCGUUGUAUUCCAUCGUUUUUUUAUUCACACCUUUUUUUUUAUUGGGGAGUGUCUCUUUAACUGUCUUAUGAUCUGAUCUAACAAAAUGGAUCAAAAAGUAACAAAAUCAAAUGUAUCAUAAGUAUACUACUGGUUUUAUAAUCUGAGGAUUGGGCUGUACUAUGCGUGUCAAAUCAAGAUCAGACGGUUUGUAUAAAUUUUAGGGUUUUUUUCUUGUAAAUGCUGUUCGAGACCAAAACAUUGCAUGCAGUUUUUAGGGUUCAAUAUCUUCAGUAACGUAACUCCUGCAGCCAUGAACAUUGGUAGUGGCACAGACAAAACUGUUAUCUUUCAUUACUGACCUUUAAAAAUGGAAAAAGUGCAAAAUGGGUAGUUUGGGGAGCCCAAACAGUUCCUUAAAUAUAUAUAAAUGGACAUUUCCAUUCUUCCAAUUAGUUAUACAGCAUUUUAUUGAUGUUUUGGCAAAUUUCAAAGGCUCUAACGUCAUCAAAAUCAAGAAAUGGCAAGAAUGGCAAUGUGGACUUAUUCCAAGGACCAUAAAACAAGUAUGUGAAAAGAGCAUCUCUAGGUGGGCAUUUUGUAAAUGUACAAUUUCCAUCCAUGUUGUCUUCAGUACCAGUCGCAACGGUGAAGCUGCAGUUGUUUUCAGCUUGUGAAUAAGUGUGUGAGGCACUGUGGCAAAAUGUGGUCUUACUGUAGCAGGAACCACCGCAAACGAAGUUUGGAUUACUUUACUGGGUGGUAACAUUUCUGUCUGGACAGAUUUUGCGACCACCAUAGGGUCGCAACAUUGAAACAUGCAGUCAAUGGCCCUCCACAUUUAACGUGAUCCACAUUUAACGCUCAUUAUACCCAAUUGUGUAUAAUGACCCCUUCAUGAACAGCACACAAAAAUAAAGAGGAAACUUGGACCUCUCUGGUACAUCUGAUUAUUACUGUAGCGUCAGGUGCGAUUGGUCUCCAGGAGCAUGGUUGGGAACAUGUCAUUAAUAUUAUGUUGUUGGCUACAUAAGUGAGAUGCCAUGUGUGUCAUGACACAUUCACAGUUUAACUUGUAACUUUACACACAAUAUGUCCACAUUAAUCACAAUGAAUCUAUAAACCUAGGAAUGAGUCUACAUUGCAAUUUUGAUAUCUCAAAAAGGCAACAAAUUGCAACCUUGAGGGGUCAUACUUGCCAUAUAUUCGAUUCUGGUUAUGUUAGAGCCCCUACAAUCUGGUAUGACAUCAAUUGAAGACUAUUUCUAACGAGAAGUAUGGACACUUCUAUAUGUAUAUACUUAGGGGCUAACUGGGCCAUGUUUUUUUUCCAUUUUCAAGGGUUAGUAAUGAAAGAUACGUCAUCUGCAUAUGCCUUUCUGUCAUUUGGAUGUUGUGUACAUGGUUUUGUCUGUGCACUGACCAACAUUCAUGGCUCUAGGAGUUGUAUGUCUAAAGAUAUAGCACCCUAAAAAAGGCUCCAUGCUUAAGAGAUUUAAAUUGAAAUUACUUUUAGAGGGGGGAACAUGAUAACAUUCCUACGGGCAAUAAAAAUCAUGUUUUUCUCAAAGUUCUCCCAACAUAUUUUAACAAAUGUAAUUUUAUUUGGUCUCAAAUAGAAUAUAUUUAUAUAUAUAUAUGUAUUAUAUAUAUUUAUAUAUAUGUAUAUAUAUAUGGUUUGAACAAAAUGUAUACAUGUAAAACCCAUGGAAUGACCCUAAUGCAACAUUAUUCACUUUUAAUAUGUAAUCAUGUCCUGUGUAAUUACUUUGACAUCUGAUACUAAAAUAAUGCAUUCUAUGUUGAUUGAUGCCACAUUACACUCUUUGCUUUGUAAUAAAUGGGGAAAUAAAACAUUGACAACUAC